AUGACCUUUCCGCUCACGCAAAUUCCCAGGUCUUCCCUCACGCCUCUGCACCGCCCUCCCCUCACACCUCCGGUGCCGGCUGUCCGUCGUCCGACUCCCCGUCCCUUCAUCUCAGUACCGGCAUCACACAUCCAGUCCCUUCCCCGCACAGACCCAUCCCCUUGGCCGCACACUCCAUUUCCUACCCCCCACUCUUCCACCCCCUUCCACUCAGGCAUCCAUUCCGUUUUCCCCCACUCCCUCCCUUUCCCCUACUCCUAUGCUCCGUUUCCCCCCCUGACAUCCUCCCUUUCCCACCUUCCAACCCUCCCUUUCCCCCCCUCCUACCCUCACUUUCUCCCCCUCCUACCCUCCCGUUCCCCCACUCCUACCCUCCCUUUCCCCCCCUGUCAUCCUCCCUUUUCCCCCCUGUCCUCCUCCCUUUCCCCCCCUCCUACCCUCCCUUUCCCCCCCUCCUACCCUCCCUUUUCCCCCCUCCUACCCUCCCUUUCCCACACUCCACCUCAUCCGUCUCCGCACUCCCUCACGGCCUUUCCCCCACUUCCCCCCGUCCAAUCCCCCCUGUCAUCCUCCCUUCCCCCUGCUACCCCUGUCAUCCUCCCUUCCCCCUGCUACCCCUGUCAUCCUCCCGUCCCCCUGCUACACCUGUCAUCCUCCCUUCCCCCUGCUACCCCUGUCAUCCUCCCUUCCCCAUGCUACCCCUGUCAUGCGCACACUAGACCGCAGCGACGGAUGCACGGAGGAGAGCAGGGGCCGCAAUGGUGA